AUGGCGGCAUCUUCAGCCCUGAGGCCGACGAUGCUGGCGCUUGGUCUAACACUUGGCGUUCCAGCCAUGCUGUAUUUCAGUAUUUUGGGAGCGUUGGUCGUUGCGCCCUCUCUACAAGCUCACGCAAUUUACCUCCACAAAGUUACUUUGACGUGGUUCAAGGAUCUUAAUACACCGGAGCAAUUUGGAUUCGCUCAUCACCAAGUUACACCCUUCUACAUCUCAACGCCGGACGGAGUCAAGCUGCACACAUGGCAUGUACUCCCUUUAGCGACAUACGAGUCACACCAAGAAGAAUUGUUGGCCCAAGGGCCCGACGGCGGAUUGGUAGACAAGUUUGAAGAAACAUUGAACUUCCGCCUACUAAAAGAGAACCCAAAUGCUCGAUUAGUGCUUUACUUCCAUGGCACCAGUGGAACCAUGGCCAGUGGUUGGCGCCCUGAUAGCUACCGCUCUCUCUACUCAGCUGAUCCCAUCAACACCCACGUUCUGACAUUCGACUACCGUGGGUAUGGAGAAUCAACCGGCUCGCCAAGUGAAGAUGGUAUCAUUAUGGAUGCUGUCACUGUUGCCAACUGGGCUAUUCAUACUGCAGGCAUCCCCCCUGAGCGCAUUGUCAUCUUUGGCCAAAGCCUGGGAUCAGCGGUAGCCAUCGCUCUUGUCAACGAGCUCGCCCAAAAGAAACCCUCCGUUCAUUUCGCUGGCCUGGUGAUUACAGCUACCUUUGCCGAUGUCCCCCAAUUGACGGCCACGUACCGCAUUGGCGGUUUUAUCCCUGUGCUCUCCCCGGUAGCGAAGGUGAAGCCGCUAUUUGCUUUCUUCGCCCGACAACUCUCCAGUACCUGGGAUAACAUGUAUAGACUGGGCGAGUUCGUCAAGGCUGCUGAGAGGUACGAUGUCACCCUUUUACAUGCCGAGGAUGACACCGAUAUCCCCAUGGAGCAUUCAAUCAAGCUUUACAGGGAAGCCGUCCGUGCUGCAGAGGGAGUCAAGGACUUGGCCGAGAAUGAUGAGGAGCUCCUCAACAGGAUUAGCAGUUUCGAGAAGAGCCGCGGAGCAGGGGGCUCAAUGACCGUAUGGCCUACCAGCAAGGGCAACAUUAGACUCGAGAUUCUAAAGUACGGAGUCCAUGACAAGAUCAUGGCGUAUCCUGCGACCGGACUUGCGAUAAGCAGGGCGUUCGCCUCCGUCCAGCAAUAG